CUUUGAAUUUCCCACGCUUUUCGGCGCUUGAGAAAGCCAAGGAAACAGCGGUGUUCGUCUGCAAUCCUGCGGAUGCAUAAACUCCGAUUUAAUAUCGAAAUAACAAUCAAACCAUGUGAUCUACUAUCAUUUUGACCCAUCAAUCAGGGUAUCAUGCCAGCGACCAGAGUUGGCGUUGUAACCUCCAAAGCGAAAGGGCCCUCUCUCCCCACGCCGCAAGGCUCUCCGGCUAAAAACAUGCCCUCCAAGUCCCCUUUGGGCUCUCCGUCGAAAUCCAUCCAGGUAUCUGCGGCUCAGGCCGCUUUCAUUGGUGUCAAAGGAUCCAUCAGUCAGGAUCUCGAUUCCCGUGAGGAAUUGGAAUGGGCUCUUCAAAGUGCAGGUUAUAAUCCAACCUUAGAGUUCAUGAAUCGAUAUUGGACCCCGAACACGCAGGGUGUCUGUUUUCGGGAAUUCGAUCAUAUCCUUCAAAUGGAGCCGCUUCCACGGAAACUGGAUCUUCUCAGCUAUUUCAGGAUGUUUGAUCCCGAGAACAAGGGCGUGAUUUCUCAUGAACAGUUUCUGGUGGCCAUGACAACGCGGGGCAAGAGAUUAUCCACGGCGUCCUUGGCCAACAUCUUGGACAACCCGACUUGGAAUCGCGACGACACUUUGGAUUAUAAGGCCUUCGUUAGAGAUGUUUUUGACACGAGUGCCAAGUUGGCCGAGGUUUUGAAGAACAACGCAAUUAUCGAAGAGAAGAAUCUCAUUGUCAACUCCAACACUUACAAGGUCAAAAGGAAGGUGUCAAGUCCGUCCCGGAAGGUUACUUGGAACUCCCAAGGAAAGGUCAAGGGAGCCUUCUAUUUUGAAGGCGAAAACAUCAUUGGGCACCAAUACAACCUCACCGUUGAGAAGGAUGGUUUUCAUGAGAUUCUCAUUCAUCCUAAUUGUAAACGGAACGUAGAUUGUCAGGUCUUCGUAUUCCACGUGACCGAUGAAAAUGUUCAGGGUAGUGCAGAAAGCAAGUACAAAUAUAUCGGAUGUUCACCCUUAGUCAUUCACAAAGGCUUCAUAUCCAAUGAUACAAGUGAGGCUCGGCAAUCAUGGAUGGGGGAACUUUUCAAAGGCAACUACUUACUCGUACCUUUCACCUCGGGGUGUAAACUGAAGAAGAGGCAAAGUCAACCUUCGUCAAAUGUUGCCUUGGUAGAACCGAUGACCAAUGGAAAACUGAAACUAACCCAAGAGUUCAAAGACAUUCUCAGUGAAAUAUACCAUCAGGUUGAUCUGGAUGGGAAUGGCACGUUAUCCAGAACUGAGUUCAAUUUGUUUAAUUGGAGAACCUCCGGUGAAGAAGUUCAAGAUGAGGAAUGGCAAGUGGUCGUGGAAAACUUUGACAUGAAGGAUGGGGAAUUAACUUUGGAAGGAUUUUUGCAACUGCAUCAAAUGGAGGCUGAGGAUAAUGGAGGGGAUUCUGCAGAAUUGUGGAUCACGCUCAAUGCAAUGGGGUACAAUGUGGGCUUGGUGCAGGAUGAGAGUGCCAUAUUCGAGAUAACGAUUAAAUCUGAGCACAAGGCUAAAAUGCAAUUACAAGUGAGCGGGUUGAAAUCCGGAGGUUCCAUCCUCGACAAGGCUGUUAUACGGAACAUUUCAGAAUCGUGCACUAAACCAAAGAAGAUUGAUCGUUCAGAAGACAUAUUCCUAUUUCGGCAGGAUUCGAAGUUCUGCAGUUCGUUUGUAAUUCAGAAUAGGUCAAAUCAUGCCCUCAAAAUGCAAAUGGACUUCAGUCAAAGCCGGAACGUCUUGAUAAAUCAUCCUCAUUUGAAUUUCCGAGCCAGUCUUUCGGCUAAAUCUACCCUUAUUGCGGCUCACUUGCUCCCCAAGGAUGCGCAUGUAGAUUUCCAAGUUAUCCUGAAUGAGGCGAUCUUGAAAUAAAGGCUUGUAAAAGUUGGUGGUUGGAAAUAAAGGAUCUAAUUUUUGAGGUCGAA